AAUGCCGUAACUAUAUUCCCUAUUUCAGUUCUUUUCAAAUUUCAAAUUACUGAAACCAUACAGAGAAAAAAAAAUGGAGAUUGUAUCAGUUCCAAUUUCUUCAUGUUCUAAAGAGCAUCAAAAAAUAUACCAAAACUGGUUCAAUUUCAUCGAUUCAGAUGGCGAUGGUCGUAUUACGGGAAAUGAUGCUACUAAGUUGUUUUCCUUGUCGAAUUUAUCCAGACCUGAACUUAAACAGGUCUGGGCAAUCGCAGAUUCUAAACGACAAGGUUUUUUGGGUUUCAAUGAGUUCGUCACUGCAAUGCAGUUGAUUUCCUUGGCACAAGAAGGAUCUGAACUCAGCUCUGAUCUCCUUAGGAGCAAUGCUAAUAUGGAGUUUUUGAGUCCUCCAUCGAUGGAAGGUUUGGAUGAUUUAUUGUCCAAGACCAAUGGCUUGUUUAGGAAAAACAUGAUUGAAACAAAUGGAAACAUACAAGUGCAGCCGCCGCCACCAAUCAGCUUGUUUUCCAGAAAAUCUAGAAAAAAGAUCCAGCCUUCUCUUACUGCUGUUACAUCAGUAACUGAUGGUUUGAAGAGACUAUACAAUGAAAAGUUGAAGCCACUGGAACUCACUUACCGCUUUAAUGAUUUUGCAUCUCCUACUUUGACGGAGAGUGAUUUUGAUGCCAAGCCUAUGGUCAUGCUUUUGGGACAAUACUCGACUGGAAAAACCACUUUCAUCAAACACUUGCUAAAGUGCAAUUAUCCAGGUGCUCACAUCGGACCAGAGCCAACAACCGACAGAUUUAUUGUGGUUACGUCUGGUCCAGAUGAAAGGAGCAUUCCUGGCAACACUAUUGCUGUUCGCGCGGACAUGCCAUUCACUGAUUUGACAAAGUUUGGUGGAGCAUUUUUGUCAAAAUUUGAGUGUUCCCAGUUGCCACAUUCUCUCCUUGACCAUAUUUCAUUCGUGGACACUCCCGGAGUUUUAUCGGGAGAGAAGCAAAGGACAGAAAGGAGUUAUGAUUUUACUGGUGUCAUCUCAUGGUUUGCUGCAAAAUGUGAUAUGAUACUCCUCUUGUUUGACCCACAUAAACUUGAUAUUAGUGAUGAAUUCAAACGAGUUAUAUCAUCUUUGAAAGGCCAUGAGGACAAAAUACGUGUUGUAUUAAACAAGGCGGAUCAAGUUGAUACUCAACAACUAAUGAGAGUUUAUGGUGCAUUGAUGUGGUCUCUUGGGAAAGUUCUGAACACACCCGAAGUUGUGCGUGUCUAUGUAGGCUCUUUCAACGACAAAGCUGUCAAUGAAGAAGCUGUUGGUCCUAUGGGAAAGGAUCUUUUUGAGAAAGAGCAAGAUGACCUUCUUGAUGACUUGAUAGAUAUUCCAAAGAAGGCUUGUGACCGUCGAAUCAAUGAAUUUGUUAAACGUGCCAGAGCUGCUAAGAUCCAUUCCUACAUUAUUAGCCAUCUUAAGAAGGAGAUGCCUGCAUUGAUGGGCAAGUCCAAAACACAACAAAAGCUUAUUCAGAAUCUUGAUACCGUAUUCGAAAAGGUCCAGAAAGAAUUUCGUUUACCAGCUGGUGAUUUCCCGAGUGUGGAUCAUUUUAGGGAAGUUUUAAGUCAUUACAGCAUCAAUGAUUUUGAGAAAUUGAAGCCUAAAAUGAUUCAAGCUGUGGAUGACAUGCUCAGUCAUGACAUCCCAGAGCUUCUCAAGAACUUCAGAAAUCCUUAUGAGUAAACCUCCCAAAAUGUUGCUGCACCACUUCAAGAUGGUUUGAGGUUGAAUAUCUUUUUAGAUGAAUGAUGAUUCAGAAUGUUACUUUUUAUCUUGGAUGUAUAUUUACUGAAUUUUAGUGCAUUCUUUGCACUGUGAAUUCGAACCUCAUUCAUUUCAAAGUUAUGAUAAUCUGGAAGUUACAUUCUUUCAACAAAAA